AUGUUCUCUAAACUUGAUCUGGUGAAGAAGAAUGAUGAAUCUGCAAAGGCCUUGUCGAAAUGCCCGGUUCCGGUGGACAUCACUGACGACACAGCAGUUUCAACAAAUCCUGAACAAGAUGUUAUAAAGCAGGAAGUAAACGAUGAGGAUGACGAGGAAGAUCUUCCUUUGGCGUAUCAUUGUAAACUCUGCGGUGUCUUCUUUGCCUCACAGUCCUUGUUGGAUAAUCAUGAGAUCGAGCACAAAGGUAAGCGGAAGAACACGUGUACCCAAUGCGGCCGGAUCUUCAGAACUGGUAUCAAUCUUCGCAAGCACAUGAAGACGCAUUCGGUACGUAAAAGCAGCCGCAAAAGUAAUUCUUCAGGAAUGAGCGAUCGUAUCGCAUCAUUGAAAAAUGUGAAGAAAGAAAAGCCUGAGCUUGAGUUUCUUUGCAAAACUUGUAACAAAGUUUUUCGGCACAAGAGCAACUAUCAGAAACAUUUAUUACGCCACACAGUAGGCGAUCUCCCCUGCAAACAUUGUUCCAAAAAAUUCCGGUUGUUUCGCGACUUAACAAGGCAUGAAAAGACGCAUUUUCUACCGAGUUAUAUGUGCAAGGAGUGCGAUUAUGAAACCACUGUUCUGGCGGCUUUGAGCAUCCACAUGACGCGACAUUUGGACAAGGCGGAUCUACCAUUCAAAUGCAAUGAAUGCGACAAACGUUUCCGUAAAAAGUUAGAUCUUCAAGAACAUUAUAACAUUCACUCGGGCGAGAAACCGUUUGUUUGUCAACUCUGUAACAAUGCUUUCUACUUAAGACGGCAGCUUUCCGCACACUGCAGACGCACGCAUCCCGAGCUGAAAGCCAACAAAGUGACUAGCACCGCUUGUGAUAUUUGUGGUCGCGUACUUGCUACGAAGAGGUCACUCUUCCGACACAAGGAAAGCCACAAUCCGACGAAGCUAUAUCUUUGCGAUUAUUGCGGAAAGAGUCUUAGCAGCGCUGAACAUUUGAAGAAGCAUAGGCGGAUCCAUACCGGGGAAAAACCUUACGUCUGCGACAUCUGUGGAAAGGGUUUCACCGAUUCCGAAAAUCUAAGGAUGCACAGGAGAGUGCAUACAGGAGAGAAGCCGUACAAAUGUGACCAGUGUCCGAAAGCAUUUUCACAGAGAUCAACAUUGACUAUUCACAAACGCGGACACACCGGGGAACGACCUUAUGUGUGCCAGAUAUGCCAUCGUGGAUUCUCUUGCCAGGGCAACUUAACAGCCCAUCAGAAGUCUACGUGUGUUUAA